AUGCCUCUGGAGGUUGCCUGGCCGUUCCCCGCGCUGCCUGCGUUGCCAUGGAGACUCUCCAGCUCGGUGAUUAUGGGAUUGGUCGGAUCGUACUCGUAUUUCUGGACCAAGUACAUGAACGUUCUGACGGUUCAUAACCACGAGGUUCUGCUGGAGCUGAUCGACCAGCGGCCGCCGGACACGCCCCUCAUCACGCUGUCCAAUCACCAGUCCUGCAUGGACGACCCGCACCUCUGGGGUGUUCUCCGAUUCCGCCAGCUGUGGAACUUCAAGAAGAUGCGCUGGACUCCUACAGCUUCAGAUAUCUGCUUCACCAAAGAGCUUCACUCCCGGUUCUUCAGCAGAGGGAAAUGUGUUCCUGUGUGCAGAGGUGACGGUGUGUAUCAGAAAGGAAUGGAUUUCAUCCUCGAGAGAUUAAACAGAGGAGAGUGGAUCCACAUCUUCCCCGAAGGUAAAAUCAACAUGACCGAAGAGUUCCUGCGACUGAAGUGGGGUGUCGGUCGGCUGAUAGCUGAAUGCUCCCUGAACCCCGUCAUCCUGCCGCUGUGGCAUGUUGGUUUGAACGACGUUCUGCCGAACGUGACGCCGUACAUCCCUCGGACUGGAAAGAGGAUCACCGUCCUGGUGGGGAAACCGUUCAGUGUGAAGGAACUCGUUGAUUCGCUGAGAGCUGAGAACAAGAGUCAGCUGGAGAUGAGGAAGACUCUGACCGACUUCAUCCAGGACGAGUUCCAGAGUCUGAAGGUUCAGGCUGAAGUCCUCCACCAGCAGAUCCAGACCACAUCUUGAACCGCAGCCGUCCCCCUUCUGCCUGAGACUGGAACCACCAGACCUGCACCAGACCUCCACCAGACCUCCACCAGACCUGCACCAGACCACCACCAGACCUCCACCAGCCCUCCACCAGACCUCCACCAGACCACCACCAGACCUGCACCAGACCACCACCAGACCACCACCAGACCUCCACUAGCCCUCCACCAGACCACCACCAGACCUGCACCAGACCUCCACCAGACCUCCACCAGACCUGCACCAGACCACCACCAGACCUCCACCAGACCUCCACCAGCCCUCCACCAGACCUCCACCAGACCACCACCAGACCUGCACCAGACCACCACCAGACCUCCACCAGCCCUCCACCAGACCUCCACCAGACCACCACCAGACCUG